AUGGCCGAUUCAACGCUGGCCUCCACACGACGCGAAGACAGAAGGGCACGAAGAAGAACACCAGAAAUGACGCAGAAGAAGAAAAGAGACACAUUAGUAAAGAUGGCGGAGAAAAGCAGCGCGGAGCGCACGGAGGAUGACAACAUGGAUAAAAAUGUUUCCCCCCGAGCAUCUACGAUGGUGGUCACCGUGAAAACCCCUAAUGGAAAAGAGGACAUCUCGAUUCCAGAGGAUUCCUCCGUCUCUCAGUUCAAACUGGAGGUGUCCAAGAAGUUUGAGGCCCAGCACGACCAGCUGGUGUUGAUAUUUGCUGGAAAGAUUCUGAAGGACGGCGAUACGUUAAACCAGCACGGUAUCAAAGACGGCUUGACCGUUCAUCUUGUCAUCAAGACUGCCCCGAAGUCGACAGGUGACAGUACAUCUCAGACCACUUCCCGGUCGGCAACACCUCAAAAUAGCAGCAUCAGCAGCAGCAGCAUUAGCAGCAGCAGCAGCAGCCGCAAUGUCACCGCCACAGCGGACAGAGCCGCAGGCGGCACGAGUCAGACGCCACCUGCUAAUGCAAUGGGUGGACUCGAGGACAUGUCCAGCUUGUUAGGUCUGGGCAUGCGUUCCUCCAGCUUCAUGGAGAUGCAGCAGCAGGUGCAGAGCCAGCUGAUGUCCAACCCGCAAAUGCUGUCGCAGAUGAUGGGCAACCCGAUGGUGCAGAACAUGAUGUCCAACCCGGACCUGAUGAGACAGAUGCUCGCAGGCAACCCGCAGAUGCAGCAGCUCAUGGGACAGACCCCAGACGUCUCCAGCAUGUUCAACAACCCUGAGCUCAUGAGACAGAUGCAGAGUCCCGAAACACUGUCUAUGCUGACCAACCCUAGAGCCAUGCAGGCCCUCACACAGAUCCAACAGGGCCUGCAGACCUUACAGACGGAAGCUCCGGGAUUUAUGUCCAGAUUGGCUCCUGGAGGUCUUGCAGGUUUCCCAGCGAGCGGCGGCAGCAGCAUCCUCCCAGAGAACCCUCAGCCUCCUGCCAUGGCAACAGCAUCCAGCCCCACCUCAGCCACCAGUCCCUCCGACCAACAGCUGCUUCAACAGAUGUUACAGAUGUUUGCUGGAGGAAGGCAAACGCCUCAGACCCCAGAGGUUCGUUUCCAGCAGCAGCUCGACCAGCUCAACACCAUGGGCUUCAUCGACCGCCAAGCCAACCUGCAGGCCCUCAUCGCCACGGGAGGGGACGUCAACGCCGCCAUCGAGAGACUUCUGGCCUGACCCACUCGGGGUGGAAGACUGGUACAGUCCUGGACUGGAAUGGAAGAUUCUUUUUCUUUUUUUUUUUCCUUUUUCUUUUUUAACGAAGUUAACACACAAAUGCAGUCCUACAUCAAAUGCAGGUCUGACUUGGCACCCAGAUUUCACUUAUUAUCUGUCUGAUCUCUAAAUUAUAGGAAGUAUAAACAGGGGAAGUUCGGAAAUCCCAGUUGGGGGGAAGGUUGACGAGGCUUGUGGUUGGUUUCUAACAGAACUGGUCCCAUGCUGUGGCGCUACUGGCAGAGCCAACAGCCAGUGAGUUCGCCCUGCCUGUGUGGCCCGAGAGGAUUUCUGACGUGACGAGGCAUUCACUGGAUGUCCGCACAUGGUUACCAAGGAAUUCAAUUUGAAUUGCUACUUAGAUUGACAUUAUAUAAUUGUAACACAUUGUAAUUACUUUUUGUUUGGCUGUUGUUGCAGUAGGUUGAACGGUAGUCUCUCGGCUUGUUUAUUUGUGUUUGUCUUUUUUAAGUUAUUGGUUCAAAGUUUUCUUUUUUGCUGCUUUAAUGUUUUAGGAUUGGAAUUUGAAUUCCAGGACCAAGUGCGGGUGUAAUGUGUGUGUGUGUGUGUGUGUGUGUGUGUGGGGGGGGGGGGGGCGAGGGAGAUUUUCCUCAGGUACAUUAGUCAGGUUUUUCAUUUACAGAAUUGGCCAAAAGUCAUUUUCAUCUUAUUAUUAAAGUAUUUUUAUUAUCAUCUUUUUAGUUUGAAUCCAUAGAUUGUUCCACAAAGGAAGCCCCAGAAUCACAGUAUCGCCUUAAAAACAACAAAUACCGUACACCACCCACCCUUUGUGUUUCAUUGGAACUUACUUUCUGAGCAAACAAUAGAAGUUCAAAUUGAUUUAAUGUUGAUUGUGUAAAAGUAUAAAAACCUCCGCUUCAUCAAUAUUGAUUUUUUUCUUUCUUCUAAAGUAUAAAAUAGUCUAUGCCUAUAUUAUACUGUGAUUAAUUGUGAUUUCCAAUUAUGCUAUAGAAAUUGAUAAGUCAUUGUUGCCAUCUUCUGUUCUGCAAAACAAUCUAAAAACUAUUGUUGCAUGUCUCCUUAUAUGGACCAAGUAGCCAAACACGGUUUUAUCAGUCCAAUAAAAUAUUUGCAAUGUGUCUUGUCCAUUGGAAAUGUGUGAUGGUUUGAAAGGCACUUUGACGACUGGUAUGUUAAAUUUAACCAUAUUAAGUUAAACUUGAGUGUUUUUGCCUGUAGCCUGUUAGUUUUUUUUUUGUCGUGUGAUAUUUGAACGGUAUCAGAAGUAGACCUGUAUAUGUCUUCCUUAGAAAUCCAAUCAGUUAAAAUAAUGUCAUCGCUGUGCAGUUAUGCAGUGGCAGAGUAGUAUUUAAAAUAAGUAAAUGUAGCUUACCUUAAAUACUAAUCUGGUAAUCAUAAAAGUCUGUCUUGUGCCUUCUAUCAAACAUAACAACGCAGUUGUUAUAAUUAAAAGUUAAAUGACCUAU